AUGUCGCAACCGUACGGCGAGUCAGCUGGCUACUACGGUGGCCAGCAGCAGCAGCAGCAGCCCUACGAUCCCAAAUACGCGCAGCAGUACAACAACGGAUACCAGAACAACGGCUACCAACAACCGCACCCGCCGCCGCAGCAGCAGUUCGCAUACGACGGGGGCAAUGGGUAUAAUGGCAGCAAUGGCUACGGAUACAAUGCGCCGCCGCAGGGCUACGACCCGGAGAAGUACACCUUCGAGGAGGCCUUCAAGGUUGAGAAGCCCAGGUGGAAUGAUCUUUGGGCCGCUAUUUUGUUCUGGCUCGUUUUCCUCGGGUUUGCGGCAGUCUCAGGCCUCACCAUCUCUGGCUACAGCCAGACCAAGUCCCUGAAUGGCGGCGGCAUCUAUGACGGCGGCAACACUUUCGGCCUCUCCACUAACACGAUCGUCCUCUUCGCCUUCUGCCUCGCCGUCGCCGUCGUCCUGAGCUACGGCUACGUAUGGCUUGCCCGCCUUUUCCCCAAAGCCUUCAUCUGGGUCACGGGCAUUCUCAACAUCGUCUUCGCCUUCGUCACUGCCAUCUACAUGCUCUCCAGGAAGUACUACUCCGGCGGUAUCGUCUUCCUCAUCUUCGGCGUGUUCUUGGUCAUCGCCUUCAUCAGCUGGAUCCCGCGCAUCCCCUUCUCGGCGCUGAUGCUCAAGACCUCGAUCCAGGUCUCCAAGAAGUACGGCCACGUCUACCUCGUGUCGUUCCUGGGAGGCAUGCUCGGUGCCGCGUUUGCUGCGUGGUACUCUGUGACGUUGGUUGCGACAUACUCCAAGUACCAACCGUCGGCGAACAACCCGCAGUGUAGGAACGGCCAAUGCAGCCAAGGAAAAGUGAUUGGUAUCCUCGUCUUCAUCACGUUCGCCAUGUACUGGAUCUCUGAAGUCCUCAAGAACGUCAUCCACGUCACCAUCUCGGGUGUCUACGGCUCCUGGUACUUUUGCGUCAACAACUUCCCCAAGGGCGCCACCCGUGGAGCUCUUAAGCGCUCUCUGACCUACAGCUUCGGCUCCAUCAGCUUCGGCAGCUUGAUCGUCGCCAUUAUCAACUUCUUGCGCCACCUUUGCUCUGUCGCGAGGUCUCAGGCAGCUGGAGACGGCAACAUCGUAGGAUACAUCCUGUUCUGCAUCCUGGGGUGCCUGAUCUCUAUCCUGGAUUGGGCCGUCUCGUUCCUGAACAGAUACGCCUUCUCGCACGUUGCCUUGUACGGUAAGGCGUAUAUCCCCGCUGCGAAGGAUACGUGGAAGAUGAUCAAGGACCGUGGCAUUGACGCACUGGUCAAUGAAUGCCUCAUCGGCCCGGUUCUCUCCUUCGGCGCCGUCUUCAUCGGCUAUGCAUGCGCUUUCCUCGCGUACCUCUACAUGGUCUUCACACACCCAGCCUACAACUCGACAGGUGCCUACACUCCUGUGGUGGUUGCCUUCGCUUUCCUCAUCGGCAUGCAAAUUGCCAACGUCUUCACGACUCCCAUCUCAAGCGGUAUCGACACGAUCUUUGUUGCGGCAGCCUGGGAUCCUCAGGUCAUGAUGAGAGAUCACCCGCAGUUGUACGAUGAGAUGGUCAGGGUCUACCCAGAGGUCCAGCAGGCUAUUCACGCCUGA